UAAACCAUAUUUUCAUGUUUAUAUCAUUUUUUACAUUUUAAGGAAGUCUUUGAUUACACUAUAAAUUAAAGAAAUAACUGGACUUCGCUAAGAAGAAUCAAUGCGUAUUAAGGAAUAUUUUAUAAUAAGCUAGUUAUAUUAUUAUUCAUGAUAAUCAUUAUAAAUGGUGAUAGAUUUUUAAACAAACUACACAAACGGUUAAUACAAAUUGUUUAUAAAUCACGAUUAACACGACAGAAAAAGAAAUUAAUUUUGAUGAGGUUUACAAUAGGAUAAUUCUUGCAUUUUUAAUGGAACGGCCCCGAGUGAUCCUACCGCUAAAACCAUCCGUAAACCGACUCCGUCAAAUUCAGUUUUUAGACUGGCGGUUUACGUGAAACAUCGAACUGCUCUCAGAAAGUCGCGUUUUAGGAUUAACUCGGUGCCUGUGUUUGAUGUAGUUCUGUUAUUUUGGCCGUUUGAUUUGGUUUCUCUACAAGACACGGGGGUCAUUCGGUGAAUCGAAGAGUACAUUUAAGAUGAUAAGAAGAAUCGUCGGGUCAUUAUUUUUAUAACUCGUUGUCCUCGGUCGUUGGUUUAGAGAAGCAUACAGCGUAUACCUAUCGAGAUUGAACUUUCGAAGAGUAUGUUGCUGUAAUACCGCAGUAUUUCCCAAGAAAUACCAGUAAAAUGACAUAAAGUGCCGUGUCUAAUUCCAGGGAACCGUUUCCCUGUCACCGUCAUUACAAUGGUCAGUUAUUUAGUGGCGUGCGCUUGCCUCACCAUUUUAGUCAGUGUCGUGGACUGUAAUUCUUACAAUCAAGCGCGAAACAGACGGAAGCCGCAGCUAUUCUCGCCCAUCAAUCCCAAACGGAAGCCCAACAUCAUCCUCAUCCUGACCGAUGAUCAAGAUGUGGAACUCGGCUCCUUGAACUUUAUGCCCAAAACAUUGAAAACUAUAAGGGAUCACGGCGCCCAAUUCAGACACGCGUAUGUCACUACCCCCAUGUGUUGUCCGUCUAGGUCCUCCCUUUUGACCGGGAUGUACGUUCACAAUCACCAAGUCUAUACGAACAACGACAACUGCUCCAGCACCCAAUGGCAAACGUCACACGAAACGAGGACCUUUGCUACAUAUCUUUCCAACGCUGGUUAUAGAACUGGUUACUUCGGCAAAUACUUGAACAAAUACAACGGUUCUUACAUUCCACCUGGCUGGAGAGAAUGGGGUGGUCUUAUUAUGAAUUCAAAGUACUACAACUACUCCAUCAACAUGAACGGAAAGAAGAUAAAACAUGGGUUCGAUUAUCACAAGGAUUACUAUCCAGACUUGAUUGCAAACGACUCCAUCGCCUUCCUGAGACAAUCCAAGACCAACAAACAAACAGCUGAUAAACCUGUGAUGUUAACUAUGUCUUUUCCAGCACCACAUGGACCAGAAGAUUCUGCACCUCAAUAUUCCCAUUUAUUCUUCAACGUCACCACUCACCAUACUCCAUCAUAUGAUUACGCACCAAACCCAGACAAGCAAUGGAUUCUUCAAAUUACACAGCGCAUGCAACCAAUACACAAACAAUUUACCGACCUCCUUAUGACCAAACGUUUACAAACCCUGCAGUCUGUAGAUGCAGCGGUGCAAAGAGUUGUCGACGAGUUACAAGAACUGGGCGAAUUAGAGAACACAUACAUCGUAUACACGUCUGACCAUGGAUAUCAUUUAGGACAGUUUGGCCUCAUUAAGGGUAAAAGUUUUCCCUUUGAGUUCGACGUGAGAGUUCCAUUUUUGGUGCGUGGACCCGGUGUUGAACCAGGUACUGUCGUGGAUGAUAUCGUACUUAACAUCGACUUGGCACCAACGUUUCUGCAUAUGGCUGGCGUUGAUCCACCUGCACACAUGGAUGGCAGGUCUGUGCUUCCGCUGUUUUUGAAUUCCAUGAGGAAGCGCAAUGUAAAGAAGUGGCCAGACACAUUUUUAAUAGAAAGUUCGGGCCGUCGUGAAACCCCACAUUUGGAUGCUAAACUGCGGGCCAAUAAAUACACCGCUGCCAUGAACGCCAAAAACGUAACAACAGAAUCUCCAUUUACAACAAACGCCUAUCACAGUACUGAAGGUACAGUGUUUACCAAUUUGUCAGACGCGAUAGUAGUAGAUAGAUCGACGGUAGCUCCAACUCCUGCAAAAGUUUACGAGUCAGGUGAGGAACUAACACUAGCCAACCCAGACGACUACCUUGAGGAUGAUGAAGACGAGAAUGACGAUCUGGUGGAUGAUGAUGCCAUUAAUGAAGAAGACGAUACUAAUAAAGAUUUAUUAACGGGAAGUGAAUUAUUACAAGAUAAUAGACUGUCAGCAGGAGUAGUCGCAAGUAAAUUUGAAAGACUAGCUGUUGAAUGUGCUCAAGAGAGUUUUCGACUACCUUGUAAACGUGGACAAAAGUGGUACUGUUCUUUGGAGGAUGGAAGAUGGAGGAGGCAUAAGUGCAAAUUAAUUCCCCAACCCUCCUCAAACUUAUACAGAAAAUGUGCCUGUUUUACGCCAAAUGGACUGGUCUACAAGAAAAUAGCUGCCAACUUAACAAAACGGGAUAUAAGGCUUGGGCGUAUUAAGCGAGAGAUAAUUGAGGAUGUAGUUUUGUGGGAAGAUUUAGACCAAAACAAAAUAUCAUCGCUGUCACUAUCAAGAAGACAAAAACGUAACACUUUAGAGCAUGUAGAAAAUGCAAUGGAAGACGUUAGAGGAAAAAUUAAUGGUUUACAGACUGUAAAUGCCACACUUGUCCGAGAACCAACCGUGGAAGUCAACUUAGAAACCAACUCAAUUUCAGACAAUACUCCAAAAUGCGUUAUUCAUAGGAAUACUGUAAAUUGCCCUACUGCAAUUUAUCACGACAAGAAAACUUGGUUGCAAUCCAGACACAAUAUUAACUUGGAAAUUCAACAACUAAAACAAAAGCUUGAGACCUUAAAACACAUUAGAAAACAUCUUAAACAAAAAAAACCUGCCGAUGAUGAUAAUGAGGAACAGGAAGAAGAUGAUGAUUCGGAAGAAGUUGGAAUAAGUAGAAGUAGCUCCAAGAAUUUAGAUUUGCCCGAAUUUAAUGAACUACAAGUUCAUUUAAAUCCAAACAGAUCUGUAAGUAGAGUAAACAAUGUCAAACUGGUGAACAAUACCCGAAUAAUUAAACGAAAAAGAAAGAAGCCUACUGAUUUUGAAAAUGCUACAUCGAGACCUGCAAAAAGAAGGAAAAUUAUACAUGCUGAGAACACCACAGAAAACGAAUAUAUUAGUUUGUCUCAGCUUGGUAAAUCAGAAUUAACCACACACAAUCCUGUGGAAGAUUUUACAAAUCCACACAGACAUCAGCACAGACUUCACCAUACCACUAGGGGACCCAUACAUGAAGGAACGACCAAACCGACAGAACCAAACAGAAAACCCAAUACUUGGACAACAAAGGCACCGGAAAUUGAUCGUAUACCCUUACCAAGUAAAACUGACUAUGACAUUGAUAACUGUGACUGCACGAAUUUCUCAGACGAACGGGACUUGGCAAAAGAAGAAAAACGUCGCCUUAAGGCGGAACGUCUAAAGAAAAAGUUACGCAAGCAAAAGAAGAAAGAUCAACUGGAAAAAGAAUGUGGUUCCGAGAGAAUGAAUUGUUUCCAUCACGACAACGAUCACUGGAAAACCGCUCCAUUAUGGACGGCUGGUCCAUUUUGCUUUUGUAUGAACGCGAAUAAUAAUACUUAUUCAUGCGUUAGGACUAUAAACGCCACCCAUAAUUUCUUGUACUGCGAAUUUACUACAGGGCUGAGGACGUAUUAUAAUUUAAGAAAAGAUCCCUUUGAAUUACAAAAUAAAAUAGACCAGUUGAAACCGGAAGAAAUGUCAUUCCUUCACGACCAGUUGAAGCAUCUAAUUGCUUGUAAGGGUCGUGCAUCUUGCACAGUAAAUCACAGUCAAAAUCAUCAUCAUCAAAAUGCUAGGAACAGAAUACCAGGUGAUAUUUUGCCCAACAACUUUCAACAAAAAACUAGGAAAAGAAAAGUAAACGAUGAUCUGCCACUUGCUGCAAGGACUCUUCCAUUAGUUCAGGCAGAAUAUCCCCCGAAAAUUGACUUUAUUAAAACACCUAAAUCGUGGCGCAGACGUAAGGCGUGGAGGUAUCCCUUUGGCCAAAAUAGACAUGAAAGGAAGAGGCAGAAACAACACUAUGGUUUCGAGACCUCGAGGCACACUAAGAGAAGUUGGUAUUAGGAGAAGAAGGAAAACGUGAAAACAUUAAUAUUCACACAUAACUCGACUGACUUACAAUGUUUUAUUUAUCAAAGCAUUUAAAAAAUAUAGCUAGAUUUAUUAUGAAAUAACCAAAAGGAUUUUCCUAGGUUUCCGUAUUCAAAAAUAUCAUUUUAAAAUUAGCUAUAAAUUGUGAUCUCUAGUUUUUAAUUUCUAUUUAAUACAUAUUGUACUCUCUAGAAGCUUUUGGCUUUAUAUGUAAAAACAAUCAUAGUAAAUGUAGGUACCUGCUACACUUCCAGAAAAACAUCUAUACUCCUGCUAUUUUUAUAGAACUAGUAAAAAAAUACAUAAAAAGAGCUCAAAUAAAUAUACAUACAUACAUACAUAACAUAUAUAGUAUCCAGGAUAUUAAAUUAUAAACAAAAAAUAAUCAUUGUAUAAUUGCAUUUUGAAGCAAUCGCAAAGAAGGCAAUAAUUCAUUUCAUACAAAUGCUGUGUUAGUUGUAAUUGUAUAUAUUAUUUAUGUCAAAAAUACUGUAAAAUAAUAAUGGUUUUUUAUUUAAUCUUCUUUUUUGUAUUGAAUUUUUCUAGUCUUUUGACUUUGUUGCCUUUGUAUAUAGUAUUUAUGUAGCGUCAUAUUUAUAAUUUGUGUAUAACGCAACGACAAAAAAUUGUGAGACUAACAGUAACUGAAACAACGAAAUUUUGACGACAAAAUAAAGACAGUAAAAUUCUAUGUAUUGUCAUAAGCAUUAGCUUCAGCAUUUUGUUUGCUUUCUGAAAUUUCUCCUUAAUUAAAGAAAUAUAAUAUGUACAACAUGCAA